UUUCGUAACUGCGAACGUGACGGAAAUAACACGUUGAUUUUCAUGUCCCGGUUUAAAGUCUGCAUGUUGUAAGCUGAGUUCGGAGCACAGAGACUCGUGGUGAUAUUAGCGGCACUUGAGCAAGUGGAGUAGAAAGAAAGCACCAAGAUGUGUUCGAGAGCAACGGCAGGGAAUGUCUUCGUGUUCGUAGGAGCGUUGUUCCACGCCUUAGCCAUGUUCACACCCUGGUGGAUUAUCACCACGUCCGCUUACUACGGGUUGUGGCAAUUCUGUACUAGACUGACUGAGAGUGUCAAGUGUCAGUCUAUAUCCUUAGAUCUUUCUGCUAAUAUAGUAAAAGACUCGAUGAAGGCGACUCAAGCUAUCGCGUGUUUGGGUUUGAUCAUGACCGGCCUGGCAGUCCUCUUUACUGUUUACUACUUGUGUCGGUCGGAGAAACUACAGGUGGCGGGUGGCUGUAGUAUUUGUGCAGGUAUUCUCGUCAUGAUUGGUGUCGUCAUUUUCGGUGCCAGUAGGAACUCACUUGGAUUGGCUUCCUACUUAAGUUAUUCGUUUGGUGUGGAGACAGUCGGUGGACUUCUCUUGUGCAUAGCCGGUGGUAUGCAGGUCUCCUGACUGACCUAAGAGUUGCCACUUGUGUCUGUUUGACCGUUUUGAUAAUAGCGCGAUCGUUAAAAUAGUGUUGUGAUAGUAUUGCAACUAGUCAGGCCCUAAUCUAGGAUUUUAAAAAGUAGAAGUAGCUUCUCCCUUCCCAGAAGAAAGGGGAGAAGGUGGAGGGGAAAAGUUAUAAAGUGUGGAUUUAGUCCAUGGCCCAGAUCAGGAUUUGGUACCACCCAGAGGGACAAAGGCUUAUGGGUUAGUUUUGUUAAGUCUAUGUAUGUAUACAAUAAAAUGAGGUGAUAGUCUUCCAUAUCGAGUAGCUUUCUUUCAUUUUCACCCUAAAGACUACAUAGUGUGCGUAAAAAACCCGACCCAAUAUCGGUGACGUUUUGACCUCUGCUUUUGCAUAUUAUGAUGUGUAAUUGAUUGGGGGCUUCAAUACACACAUUUUGAGUGGUGAAUUGCUAUGAUAGGGUGAUUCUAAGGAAAAUUGUUCCAAAUUAAUUUUUUCCCUAUGCCCAAAAUUUGCAUUGGAGUUCUUUCCGCACACUAUUCAGUCUUCAGGGUGGAAAUUUGACAGAAAGCUACUCGAUACGGAAGGCCAUCACCUCAUUGUAUUAUCCACAUGCAUGGACCUAUCACACAAACCCUAUGAGCAUUUGUCCCUCUGGGUUGUACCAAAUCAUGAACAUUUCGCCUCAGGCCCAUGGACUAAUUUCGGCGAAGAAAACGUUCAUUUCGCCGGCAAGAUUAGGACAUGAUUAAUACUGUUGCAAUAGCAUUUGAAUUUGUUUAAUUAAAAAAAAAAAAAAAUUGAAUAUAAAUUUGUGUCUAAUGCUUAAUGUUUUCGCCUGUCUAUCAAUACAUAUGUGUACAUUGUAUUGCUAUGAACAUACCCUUAGCUGUUGAAAAUAAGUUAUAAUAAAACAUUUUAUUGCUAUGAACAUACCCUUAGCUGUUGAAAAUAAGUUAUAAUAAAACAUUCUUUAAAUCA